AUGAUUCCCAUCUUUCCCAUCCUACUAGCGUCUCUCAUUCUAAACGCUGUACCGCAUUACGCCGAGAAACAAAAAGUCGAAUUUGUCACCAGCCACCACCGCAGCAGAGGCAGAUCACCACCACCACCACCAACUACGCCGAAACUUCUCGAAUUUGCAGACGAAAGGCUUGCUGUAGUUUACCCCGUCAUCCAAAAAUUCAAGUCCAUCAUAACCUCUGAUCCUUUAAACAUCACCAAGUCUUGGGUUGGCUCUGACAUCUGCAACUACACAGGCUUCUACUGCGAAAGCCCUCCAGAUAAUGCUUCCGCCAUGGCCGUUGCUUCCGUCGACUUCAACGGCUUCCAACUUUCUGCUCCGACGCUCGACGGCUUCCUCGACCAGCUUCCAGACAUAGCUCUUUUCCAUGCAAACUCAAACAACUUCUCAGGAACUCUCUCUCCCAACAUCGCCAAGCUUAAGUAUCUCUACGAGCUUGAUGUAAGCAACAACAAAUUGUCUGGGUCCUUUCCCAAUGCUGUUCUCGGCAUGGAAAGCCUGAGUUUCUUGGACAUAAGGUUCAAUCUCUUCACCGGGUCGGUCCCACCUCAGAUUUUCCUGCAGAUUAAUCUCGAAGCCCUCUUCAUCAACAACAACAAUUUCACGCAGAUAAAGCUUCCGGAUGAUCUCAGAACGAGCUCUCAUAUCAUUUAUCUAACCUUGGCAAACAACAAGUUCAUAGGCCCAAUUCCGCCAUCAAUCGCGAAACUGUUUUCCUCUGUGACUGAGGUUUUGCUUCUCAACAAUGAGUUAACCGGUUGUCUUCCUUACGAAAUAGGGUUUCUGAAAGAGGCGGUAGUGUUUGACGUUGGUAACAACCGGUUGACCGGUCCGUUACCCUUCUCUCUCGCGUGUUUAGAGAAGGUGGAACAGCUUAACUUCGCCGGUAACUUGUUGUACGGCAUGGUACCGGAGGUGGUCUGUGAUGAGCUGAAGAAUUUGGCAAACUUUUCGUUGUCGGAUAACUAUUUCACGUAUGUUGGUCCUCUUUGUAGGAGAUUGAUUGAAAGAGGCGUUCUUGAUGUUAGGAGAAAUUGCAUUCCUGAUCUUCCAUACCAGAGAUCCAUGGAGGAAUGUGGGGCAUUUUUUUCGUAUCCUAGGAGGUUCUGUCCCUACAUGUGGUCUUAUAAUCACAUUCCCUGUCAGCCUCCUCAUUACCCUAGAUAUUCUCGUGCUUCUUCGAGCCCUCAAGUGCCUUCCCCACACUGACCCCCUCUGCUCAUAU